AUGGGAACCAUUGAUGAAUUUAUGAAGAAAACAACUGAUUUGGUCCACUUGAAACUUUCGAGGGCAACUUUUGACAUUGAGCUUUCGCAUCAGCGCACCAAUAAUCUCGUGCAUGUGACAUCUACAACUUCAAUGGAACCAUCAAAUUCCCAGGAAAACUCAGAAAUAAGGCAAGGUGCAAAUAUUACAUCCACUCACUACUCUGUUCGGCCUGAAAUGCAAUUUUAUGUAACUAUUGGUGUAGUCAAGUAUAACGGGCAUGUCAUAGAGAGCAGGAAUGAUGGACUAUUGAACAGAGAAGUCGUCUGGAAACAUGGGAUGUAUAACCAAAAUUUCACUAUAAUAUCAAGGUAUAAUGAUGGUAUGAGUGUGGAGGAUAAAUAUAACUUUACGUAUGAUGGUGAAGUUGAACUGGAGUAG